UACGAGUGAGUGUCUGUGUCGUUCGUUGCAAUCGAAUUGAUUCGACUUUUAUUUCGUGCGUCUUCUAUAAAAACUCUUUUAUAUCUGUGCAAAAAACUGAACGAUACGCUUCGUCACAGCGGAUCGGUGCCGUGCAGAAGGUGUAGUGUUUAAUUUGUGAGAGUGCUUGUGACUGCUGACGCGACGUCGCACAAAACCAGUGGCUUGUCGUCGUGGAUCCUUCACGCUCGAGAUCUGCUAUCCAAUCAUUGACUUCGGAUACCACAAUCAAAACACCGAAGGUACCUACUUGGAGCUGGGUGUGAACCCAGAUACGCUGUGUGUAGUUUUAUGUAACCAUUUAUACUCUUAUCGAAUAAACGUGUUAAUGUUAAGAAACUCUACAGUGCUAGUGCAGUGCAUUAUUGGAUUGACGCACUGGAGUGAGUGAAAUUUCCGUAUGUAAGUGAGCAAGUGAAACUGUACAAAGUGAACUAGUGAAGUGGAGCGACGUUAAUUACUCUUCUACCGUGGCUCAUUGCAAAUAAGUGAUUUGUGUCAUUAGUAAAUGGAUUUGUAACAAUUUGGAUUCCAGACGACUUCAAUGGCAAUCGUCACGCUGAACACAAGGGAGGAGACAUGAACGCGACCAGGGGCUGUCACUCCCAUCAAGCAGGGUAGAGACAUCCAAAGGUGCUGGUUACUGGACCGGGAGUGCAUAGUAUGGAUGUCAGUUUCAACAAUGUACUGGAAGGGACGCGCCAGUACUUUAUGGGAAUACCAAAGCAGGCACAGGGAGGGACCGGCCAACAGAUGUGGCCUGCAAGCGCUGCGACCGAGGAGGGAACUCCCGCUCUCUCGGGAGCUCCAACGCCAUCUUCACGACCGCCGUCCGUGGCUGCGGCGCCGCCUCCGACACCAGCGUCCACGCCCGUGUCCAUGCCGCCGCGCCCGCCGUCCGAGCCGCUCGAACCCGAGCCGCACAUCAUCCACAAAGCCACAGUGAUGCGCGAGGCGGCAGAAAAACGCCGCGAACAGCCCGACAUCGAGGAUGAAGAAGAGCCAGGGGGAGCGUUGUCACCACCUUCUCACAUAAUACGGAAACCAACUCCACACACGCUACCUUCUCCCGCGCCAGCGCCGGCCGCGCCGAGCCCGUCGCCCGCCCGCCCUCCUUCCGAAGCUCCACCGGCUUCGACCAUAACAACUGAACAAGUCGAUACCACAAUUCAGUAUCGCCCCCCUGCUCACCGGGCGCACGCUCCGUCAGCGAGGCCCCCCGACCAUUUUACGUCAGGCCGUCCAAUAGAUCACUAUUCUGCAUCUCGACCGCCGGAAUCUUAUCCGAGGUAUCAGUACGAGACCAGUAUGCCCGAUACCGGAAGAAAUUCUCACGGGCCGCCGGUUGCCUCGCCUCAGCCUUCUGUACAACCCCGCCAAAGUCCACAAACAUAUGCGAGAAUCUCUAGUUCAAUGCCGCAACAUACUAUCAGCCGUUUAACAGAAACGACAUCUUAUAAUUCACCCACGCAGCGCUAUUCUUUACCGCCUACUCAGGCACCUCCUCCACACAAUGAUCGUGUCCCACCUAUUCAUCAUCCGCAACACGUGCCACCGACUAAAAGGAUUAAUUCCAUAGAUAAUCGUUCCUCGCCUGUAUACUCUUCUGUGCCCCAGCGUCGCGAAUCUCCUUCUAAUGUACGAACAUCGUCUCAAUAUGAAAGACAUCCAACUCUUCCUCAAAGAAAAUACGAUCCUCAACAAAUAUAUUCCGGUUACCGGCCGACGCCGUCGGCGUCCUUACCUUUACCUAUUUCAAAUCAAAGAGUGGAUCCUCAUCAACAAGUUCAGUUUAAGCACAGUACCAUAGACGCUAUGAACGCAUCCUAUGCGAUUAGAGGCUCAGAUCGAGUCCCGCCACCGCAACCGCCUUUGCAACCCCAUGAAAUGGCGCGGUUAGCUCAACGUGUAGAUUAUGUGAGCAAAACGAGAACAGCAGAUUCCAGAAAUAGCUACCCUUAUGUUACUCCAUCAACAUCGGCAGUACGAUAUGCUUCGAGCUCACCUGCUCAAGCUGUUCAAAAUAAUUCCCAACCACAUCCACAAGCACUUCCAUCUAGAUCAUCGUACCGUACGGCCGUAGCCCCCAAGACUAAUUAUGAUUAUGCAACGUCAAACCAUGUACAAAUUUCGCCAUCGCGCUCAACGGCUAAGCCAGGAUAUCCUAGUCAGCAAGCGCGUAUGACCGUAUCCGUCACAUCAAUAGUAGAUCAAAUGAACCAAACGAAACAAAAGCGUGAAUCACCGCUUGAUUUAUCUGUGAAAACGGUAAAGAAUUCUGCAGAUUCUUCAACAACCCAAGAUGAUGCUAUAGAUUCUGCUUCCAUGAAGAGUGAGAAUCUUCCCAUACAAUCAAGACCAACUUCCAGCAGCCGAAAUGCAUCAAUUUCAAGUUAUGUUGCAUCUCAUAAAGUAGACUUUUCUCCUGAUUUUGCUCAAUAUAGGGACAGAAAUAUGAAUCAUGCAUAUAAUGCUACAAAUCAGAAUAUUCGCUAUAAUGGGGCUUAUAAUUCAAGGCCAGGGACUGAUUCUUAUGACGUUGAAUCUCGACAUCCAGUAUAUCCCGAACGAAGUAAAUCUAACGGCCCAGUAGGCAGAACUGACUAUGUACCCAGAAUAGACCUCACACGAACAUGUGGCGAUGACCGUUAUUCAGCUAGUAGGAUUCGCGAUGAUAGACAUUUAAUUAUAGAAGAAAGGAAGCGGCCUGCAGGUCCAAUAGUUAGUAACAUUCCUGAAAAAAUUCUUCGCCACGAAACAUGGACUGCUGAUAGUCGGAUAGAACAGUUGAGUCAAUCGGCAAGAGAACAACGCGAGCUGAUGAUUCAACCAGUAUACAGUUAUGCAAGCCAUAAAAGGCUUGAAGCAAGUCAACAUGAACAAAAGCGUUCAAUUAACGCUCUUCCCUACCGUGAACAUCAUCAUCACCAUCAUCAUCAUAGAUAUUCUAGUAAUUCAUGUCCUGAGGGUGGAAGUAGAGAAGUCAACGACUACCAUCCUCAUUAUCAUGAAAAGAUACCAUCAAAUAAUAAUCGUCAUAUUAUUCAAAAGAUUCCGAGCCAUAGAGACUUACAUCAACAUAAUUUAAUGCCCCUCAAUAGUGCGCAACCUGCAGAUAAAAAAGUAUUAAGUAUAUUACGAAACAGUUUAGAAACGAAACAAUCGGGUUAUUUAGAUACUGCUAAAUCAAGUACUGAAGUUCCUGAUCUCAUUGUAAUAGAUGAUGUAGAUGAUUCUGUGAUAGAAAUAACUGACGAUGAUGUUACGAAAGAUAACGAUGUAAACCAACUGAGUAAUAGAAAUAAAGUCAAUAGUUUGAAACCAUCGGUGCCAAGCUUAGGUCAUCAUAUCAAGAUGCCAAAAGCUGUCGAUUCGAUAACACGUGAUCUGGAUUACCCGAAAUUUGAUAGUCCAGAAGUUAAAAGAAUAUCUCCAGAAAAUGAUGUUGCUUCCAGAAUAAGAACCAAGGCUGAAUUAAAAGUAAUGCCACCAUCACAAGAUUGUUCAUCAAAUUUAGACAUGAAGCUAGAAUCUAUAACUAUUGAAAAUAAUACAUCAAAACCGCUCCCAAAAUCUCAAAAACAACAUCUUUUCAAUCAAAUUCGCGAGGAUAAUCUCAGGUUAGAAUCUGUCAUAAAAAAUGAGAAACAUCUUAAUAUUAACAUUCCAGAAAUAAAAACAGAACCUAUGAAUAUCGAUGAAAUAGAAAGGGAUGCGAUAUUGCACAUAAAAACAGAACAUACUGAAGAAAAAAGAAAUACCGAAGAAACCAUUACUUCAGAAAGUUUAGACAUGGAUUGGGCUCAUGCCUGCGAUAGUUUUAUGGAACAGUUGAAGACGGGAUGUCAUAAAAAAAGAAAUCCUAAGAAACGUAGUAAUACUUUAGAUGCAGAAAAUGAGUUACUGGAGCAAUCUUUAGAAAGUUCAGAUAUGAAAGAGGACAAACACUCUUCAGAAAAUAGGAGCGUAAUGGAAAAUAGUCCACCUUUAGAAAUUAGUGGCGACAAAGAAAACAAGCAAUCUUUAGAAAAUAAAGAUAUAAUAAUUGAUGACAAACAACCUUCCGAAAACAGUGGUGUACAAAAAGACAAACAGACUUCAGAUAACAGUGGUAUUCAACAAGACAAACAGCCUUCCGAAAUCUGUGGUGCACAAAAAAACAAACAGCCUUCCGAAAACAGUGUAAAAAAAGACAAACAGCCUUCCGAAGUCAGUGGUGUAAAAAAAGACAAACAGCCUUCAGAAAACAAAAUUGUGAAAGAAGAUAAACAGUCUUCUGAAAAUAUUGAUUUGGAUAAAGACAAGCAACUAUCAGAAAGUAGCGAUGCUUCUCUAGAAGAUUCAGCUAAAUUAAUUCCCGAAAAACCUAUUGAAGAGUUGCCAGCUAUCAUUGAAAUUAAAAAAGAGCCAAUAGAUGAAGAGGACCAGAAAUUAGAAAGUGAAGUACGUUUGUUAAUUAAAGGAGACUCUUCAGCCAAAAACAAACAAAAAAAUAAACCCGAGAAACCUAGAACUGAAAAGCAAAAAGACAAAGAAAAUGAUAAGUCAUUUAAAAAUAAAACUAACAUGAAAAUGAAAAAUAAAUUGGCCAAAAAUGAAUGCUUAUCGACUAAUACUGUUCCCGUAAAAAAGGAAGUAGAAGAAAUUGAACCAGUGAAAACAAUUAUAAAAGAAGAACUGGAAUCUACCGAUGACGACGAACCUCUAAUAAAAAGCAAAUUGCUGAAGGAUAAGCAACAAAGUGAUCAGUUAAUGAAAUACCAACUAUUGAAAGAUUUGUCUGAAAAAUCUGCUUACGUUAAGUUAGAAUGUUGUGAUGAACGUAUGAAUAGUGUUAGAAAUUCCUUAGACUCUGGUCCAAAGGAAGAUAAACAAAAUAAAGGAAAAUCAAGACGACAUAGGUCAAAAUCAAAGGGAAAAUCUCUAUCACUGGAAAAUAUUAAAAGAGAAAAGCCUGAGGAAGAAUCAAGUUCUGAUAGCGAUGACACUUUGAGUGUAGCAAGUCGAUUACGGGUGCGAAAAAAUGUGAAAACAGAAGAAAACAAAACUUUGCAAAAAACUCCCCUUAAAUCGUCUCCGAAAAAAAUGGAUAGCGCUAAUAGCAGCACUUGUUCGACACCACUACGUAAACCUGGUUUUGGCGAUGGGUCAGAUUUUCAUCCUGGUUGGGAAGAAGAAUUAUACAGAUAUAAGAGAUCUUUACGCAUGCCUACUAGGCUCAUUGCGAUACCGAGAGGCCGUUCCGGUGGACCCUUUGUUAAAAGUUGUGUGACACAAUUCUCGCGAGGCUCAACAUCUCUUCCGGAUUUAGACCCCGUUCCUCUUUCACCUGCUCCGUCGUCUGCUCCAUCCGCUGCGACUGAUGACAUUUAUAGAAGACCAGAUAAAUUGAAUCUCGAUAGUGAUCUUGAGUCUAAUUCAAGUUGUUCUGCCAUGAAUAAGCUUCAUUACGAUUCAGAAGCUUCAACAUCGACGGUUUUUUCUGCAACAAAAGCGAAGAAAAAAAGUAGCUCUAUUGUAGACGUCCUUAUUCAAAAAUGUGGUAAAAAAGAGGAAUCAAAAAAGAAAUCUAGGGAAAAAGAAGAAAAGUCACCGAAAGUUAUCACAAAAACAUCAAACAAUACUGAACUAUUGCCAACGCCAAGCUUAGGCUUAGUCAAAAAUGGAAAUAAGGGUAAUCUAAGCGCCAAAAAAGAGAAGUUGAUGGAAGAUAUUUUUUAUCUAGGCGCAUUCAGGAAAGAAACUGUCACAAUGUUUAGAACGGCUUUUAUUAAAGAUACCAAUGGUCUAAUUGGCGCUACGGAAGAAUUUGCGCCAGUUGUACUCAAGUCAAGAACUAGAACAGAAAGCAGAGUGUUAAAGCAGCGAGCUACCAUCAAGGAAGUGUUUGGGGAUGACAGACCUGCGUCCGCUCCGCCAUCAUCCUGUAGAGAAGAAAUCAUUCAAGAAGAUCCCGAUCUACCGAUAAAAGAAGAACCUGAAAUAAAGCCUAAAUUUAAGCCUAAAAAAAUGAUUAAAGAAAAGUUAAAACGAAGAUCUAGUUCAAUUAGAGAUGGAUUAAGAAGCACUAAGUCUUUGAAAACAAAUGAUGCUAAAGGGAGAAUGAUGCGUUUGAAGAAAAGAAAUAGUGUUAUCAAAUCAUUCGCUCAUAAAAAAAGAAAGGAAAUCUCUAAUAAUAAAGUAAAAAAGGAAACAAGCCCUACCUCUGGCGAAAAAGAUGAAAAUAACGUAGAAGGUGGUGCUCCGGGGCCUACUGAAGGGAACACCAAAAGACGUUUAAAACGUCUUUUUGGAAGGAGAAAAUUUAGUUCAGGGUUUGAUUAUAUACGCAAGAAGAAGAAAAUAAUUCGCAGGGAAGACCAUUGUCCUAAAGUACGGCGAGCAGCACCUAAACCCAACCCUGAAUCUGUCCAGGAUAUCCAGAAAGAGAUCAAGGGCUGGUUUAUCAACAAGAGCAUCGGUGAAACGCACCUGCAUCGCGCUGCCAGACUCGGUUUUACAGAUUGUGUUGCAUAUUGCUUGGAGAAAAUGGAAUCAGAUCCAUCAGCUAAAGACAAUGCCGGUUUUACUCCAUUGCACGUUGCUUCAGCUAAAGGGCACGUAAGGAUAGCAAGACUCCUUCUCCAGUAUGGUGCUAAUGUUUCUGCUGCAGCUCAAGGAGGAAUAAGGCCACUGCACGAAGCCUGCGAGAAUUGCCACGUAGAAAUUAUCAGACUUCUGUUAUCAUAUGGCGCUGAUCCCCUUUUGGGGACGUAUGCCGGCCAAAUGCCAGAGGAAUUGGCGGAAGGGACAUCUGCCAAGCUGCUCCGUUUGUAUAUCGCUGAUGUCCAGGGCCGUGCCAUCGAGCCUUGGAGAUUUCCGCCACCGGAUAAGAUUAUAGAUCGCGAAGAGAUCGGCUGCGACCCGCUGUCGUCGCCGCCGCCCGCCACGCCGCCGCCGCCGCCCGACGCCACGGUGGAGCUGCAGUGCACGGAGGCGCCGCUGCCGCCCUUCUACAGCCUGCGCGCCGCUCCCGGCCAGCCCGCCGACGGCCUGUGGUGUCUGCUGCAAGACAUCACUAACAUUUUGCAGAUUAAAUCAAAGGAUAGCUUACUGAAGCAAAUCCACUGUGGUUCGGGAUCUCCCAAGGAACUGCUCCGGGAGAUACGGACCCAAGAGUUCCUGGAGAGAGCUCAAUGCCACCAACUGCUCGGUGCUGGAGAGAAGGUCAACGUAAGGGCAUCGAAAGUGGCCCUGGUUAGGGUUACCGAUAAGUUGAGGCAGUUACUCAAAAUCGAGACCGUCCUGGUUAGCUGACACUAAUAACAUACUAUUCAAUAAUAUUUUGAGCUAAAAUGAAUUGAGCUUCUUGUGAAAAAUAAUGUUAAAAUGUGUAUUUAUGGGUGCUUUAUAUUAUACACAAAACUUGUGAAUUAAAUCAACUGGUUUAAAAAUAGUGCUAUAUUUUUCACAAUGUUCUAUGGCUGAAAUUUAUAGGGCUUACUUUGACUUUGCACAGGUGUAAGACAAAGUUAAAAUAAGACAGACCUAUGUCUCUCAUAUAAAUCUGUCUUUUUUUAGCUCUAAGUCUCGAGCAAUGCAAAGUACAAUGUAUAGAUCUCAGCCUAAGCUUAUCUAGUUUUACCUGAAACUUAAUGAGCAUUUUCAAAAUACACUCUAUAGACUCUGCCUUUGACUAUGUCAAUAUUUUAACUCUAGUGUUUACAUAGAACCCGAUUAGUUUAGCUCUAGUAUCAAAUGAUAUUAUCACAUUAUGUCAGAAUAUGUCUGGAUCUGGAGAACAAGACGAGACAUAAAAACUUUGUUUCAAUAAACCUUAGCAAUUGUUUAAAAAUUCUGAAAGAAGAGGAUUUUAGAUCUCGCACGCUUCUAAACUACCAUAAGUCGACUUCUUAUAGAAUUAACCCAGCUAUCUAUUUAAAAAAUCUUCGACUGAUUUAUUGUAAAAAAAAAAAACAAAGAUGUAUCUCAGUUAGGAACAAAAUAAACUAUUUGUUUUAUGAGACUGUAAUUUAAUUUAAGGCAGCCAUUACAUAAUCAACUCAUAAUCAUAUAAUAUUUUGAGCCACACAAUCACAGUUUGUAUUGACUGAGAUGUGUUGUAUAAUGUAUAAUAAAUUAUAAUAUGUAUAAUUACUCUAGAACAACCUGUAUAUAGUAUUGUAGAUAGAUAUGCAUUAUGUAAAUAAUAAAUGUUGCUUUAAAUGUAUUAUAUUCCCAUGGGUGCUAUUUAAUGAUGGUGUAUGGUGUUUGAUAUAUUAUGUUAUGUGAAUAAUUAUAUUAUUAAAUAUAAGUUGUACUUGCGGCAAUGAUAGUGGAAUAAAAAGAUUAACAAGUUAUAGUUACCAUAAUCUAAUUUAGCAAUUAAGGGUAGGUAUAUCUUGAGUAGGUAUCAAAGGCAUUGAAUGCACUGAAGUAAAAUAUUAAAAUUAAAAAUAUUGUUUUGGGUCACAACUCUAAUGACUUUAAAUUGGCUAUAUUCACAGAAAUGAUUGAUUUUUAAAUUGCCAACAGUCAAUUUUCUUCCAUUCACAUUUUAAUUCUUCUUUAAAAAUUUACUUAUUCAAGAAUUUUUUAAUUACUUUUUUCCUACAAAGAAAACAUGCUGAUUACAAUUUAUAUUAUUAUUAUGUUUGAAGUGUUCUAUAAAAUAUCAGCUUGCCCAGCAAAAAAAGCAUCUAGCCAAUAAGUGAUAAUAUUCUUAUGUUUCCUGAUUUAGAGCAAUUUUCAAUGACUGUAAUUAUUAUAUUUGAUUGCAAUUUCGUAAAGUUUCAAUGAGUUAUUGAGAUAUGAGAGUGUACUGUUUGGCAAAAAUCAAUUGUACUGAGAUAAUGCUAAUGCAAAGUUAAUAGAUUUUGCUCUUUUAUCUAGUAAGUACCUACCUAACAUUAUUUUUGUUUUAUAUAUUGUUAUGUUUGUCAUAUUUGUCUCCAUUAUAUUUUUAUUGUAUAAUAAUUUCACUUAUUUUUAUUAAAGUUAUGUUUUAUUUAUAGAGCCCAAUAAGAAAUUAGAAAAUUUUAUUAAAUCAUAAUUUUUAUGCAUAUCGCGAAAAUUAUUAUUAAUAAUUGUGUAAAUAUAAUAAGGUAAGUAUUUGUAAUAAAAGUAAGACAAAUCGUAAGCAAAUUAUUUUUAAUUUAUUUUGAGCCUAUUGUCUGAAUAAUAUAUUUUACGUGUAGCGAUUAUAUUAUUCAGUCAGUGGCGUAUACGUAGCAUUUUGGAAGAAUUGUGUGAAUAGUAGCAAUUUUGUAUUCCAUAAUUAAAUCAUGUUCCGCCCUAACUUAUUUCUUUAUGGAGAAUUAACGAAGAAGUACAUGAUUGAUCUGUGAUGAAAUAAUAUUAGAAAAGUGAAAAGAGCGCGGAAAAUGGAAGGAAUUUUUUGAUAAAAUUGUAACUAACAACUUUAUUCUAUUAUACAAAGUUGUAUAACUACGAAAACUGAACUGUAUAAUAUUAACUGUCUGUCUUAAGCGGUACCUACAGUAUAAGUAUUAUUAUGAAUAUUGACACAAUAAUUCUUGUUGAAGAAGUGGAAAUUAAAGAAAGUGAUCAAUUGAAA